CAACAACUUUAUUAGCACCUGCCGCUAGGCGGAGAAGGGAUGAUCCGGAGAGAAGAGGCGCUUUAUCCGGCCCACGCCCGUUGUGGACUGAACCUGAUAAGCGGAGAAUCGCCAUAAUCUGACGACAGGGUGUCAAGACAAGAAUAAAGUCGAGGGCAACUCAGACCACUGGUGGAGGAGUUCGACGAGAAAGCAAGGCUUUCAGCCAGGAGUCGAGGUGGAGGUGGAGGGGUUGGGGAGCGGAGCCGGAAAUAGGAAACUACAGCUCCCAGAAGGCGUAGCGGCAAAGGUCCCGGAUGCUGGGGUCGUGAAGCCUGAUGGGAAAGGUAGUUUUGCGAGCGACUUAACCUAGAGGUUAGCGAGGUUGGAAGUUCUGAGGCCCGGGGACCCCGGAGUCGGAGAGAGAUGGAACUGGAGCAGAGAGAAGGGACCAUGGCAGCUGUGGGCUUUGAAGAGUUCUCAGCGCCGCCAGGCUCAGAGUUGGCGCUGCCUCCUUUGUUCGGUGGUCACAUCCUGGAGAGCGAGCUUGAGACAGAAGUGGAGUUUGUGUCUGGGGGUCUGGGUGGCUCCGGGCUCCGAGAGCGAGAUGAAGAGGAAGAGGCAGCCCGGGGCCGGCGGCGGCGCCAGCGGGAACUAAACCGCAGGAAGUACCAGGCGCUAGGUCGACGCUGCCGGGAGAUCGAGCAGGUGAACGAGCGGGUCCUGAACAGGCUCCAUCAGGUACAGAGGAUAACUCGGAGACUCCAGCAGGAGCGGAGGUUCCUCAUGAGAGUGCUGGACUCCUACGGUGAUGACUACCGCGCCAGCCAGUUCACCAUCGUGCUGGAGGACGAGGGCAGCCAGGGCACAGACGCCCCCACCCCAGGCAACGCCGAGAACGAGCCUCCAGAGAAAGAGGGGCUGUCCCCGCCUAGAAGGACGCCUGCACCCCCAGAACCUGGCAGCCCGGCCCCUGGCGAGGGGCCCAGCGGGCGGAAGAGGCGGCGAGCACCCCGGGACGGCCGCCGAGUGGGAGCUGCGCUGACUCCAGAACUGGCCCCGGUGCAGAUUAAGGUCGAGGAAGACUUCGGCUUUGAAGCGGACGAGGCCCUAGACUCCAGCUGGGUUUCUCGGGGGCCGGACAAGCUGCUGCCCUACCCCACCCUAGCCAGCCCCGCCUUUGACUGACCCCACCCCCACCCCAGUAAACCAGCCCCUAC